UAUGCCUCGUCUACUUUCUUAUCUCCUUCUCUUUGACUUGUAUACCAUCUAGACGACCGGUUGAUCACGGCAGAUCCUCCGAUCUUCCCUCCUCAUUACACAUAGAACCGAUUCACCGUCGCCUUUGUCACUAAUCUUGACGGACAUGUUAACAUCCACUCCCUUCGAUUCAUUCAGUCUCAAUCAUGCCUCUCAAAGCAAGCGGCGAGUCGCCUACUUUUAUGAUUCUGACGUGGGCAACUACGCCUACGUCUCAGGCCACCCCAUGAAGCCUCACCGCAUGAGGAUGGCCCACAGUCUGAUCCUCAACUAUGGACUUUACAAGAAGAUGGAAAUCUACCGUGCGAAACCAGCCACAAAAUAUGAGAUGACGCGGUUCCACUCGGAUGAAUAUAUCGACUUUUUGUUCAAAGUUACUCCCGACACAAUCAGCAAGCACCUGACCGAGCAGGCGAAAUUCAAUUUCAACGACGACAAUCCCGUCUGGGAUGGCUUGUCUGAAUUCUGCAGCAUCAGCGCAGGUGGUAGUAUGGAAGCGGCCGCCCGUCUGAAUAAUAGAAAGUGCGACAUAGCGAUCAACUGGUCCGGUGGCCUUCACCAUGCGAAGAAAAGCGAGGCGAAUGGCUUCUGCUAUGUGAAUGAUAUUGUUUUGGGAAUUCUGGAGCUAUUACGCUUUCAUCAGCGCGUCUUGUAUAUCGAUAUUGACGUGCACCAUGGCGAUGGCGUCGAGGAAGCGUUUUACACGACUGAUCGCGUCAUGACCGUGUCCUUCCAUCAGUACGGGGACUUCUUUCCGGGGACGGGCGACAUCGGCGACAUCGGCGUGCAAGAGGGCAAGAAUCAUUCUGUGAAUGUACCUCUGCGCCCUGGAAUGGACGAUGUAUCAUACAGUCGAGUGUUUCAGCAAGUGAUUAAAGGCGUAAUGGAUUGGUACCGCCCUGAUGCCGUUGUAUUGCAAUGCGGUGGAGAUAGCCUGUCCGGCGACCGUCUCGGGAGCUUUAAUCUAAGUAUGCGAGGUCAUGCGAACUGCGUUAACUAUGUCAAGAGUUUCAACCUGCCGACGAUGCUGGUGGGAGGUGGCGGCUACACGAUGCGAAAUGUCGCGCGUACGUGGGCGUUCGAGACGGGUGUUGUGGUAGGGGAAGAGGUCGGGCCGGACCUUCCUUACGAUGAUUUCUACGGGUACUAUGCGCCAGAUUAUGUCCUUGACGUGAAACCAUCGAAUAUGCCAAAUCAAAACACCGAUACAUACUUAACGCAAGUAUGCACGAAGGUAUUGGACAACAUCAAGAAAACCAUGACUUUCAGUCCAUCCGUCCAGAUGACAGACGUCCCACGUUACCCACUUAUUCCUGCGCUCGACGAAGAAUUCGAAGAUAUGGCCGAUGACGAAGACGAGGACGAAAAUAAGGACGUUCGCGUUACACCCCGCCAAGUCGACAUGCUCCUUGAACACGAGGGCGAGCUGAGCGAUGAGGAGGAAAUGAACCAGAUCAGCAAUGUCCUGAACGCGAUCAAGAAGCGAAAUCAGAUCAAUCAUGGAGAAGUGCUUUCGACUGUCUCUACGACGGAAGCUGAAGCCGAAGCAUCGAAAACAUCGGAUGAUCAGGCAGCCGAUGGGUCCGUCAACAGCAGCCAAGACACGCCGAUGACCGAAGCUGAGGUAAUUUUCGACCUUGCUCAGGCGGCCGUGAGCCCGUAACUUCUUCUUGUCUGCCUUGUGUUUUUAUUGUUGUUCUCUUUCUUUUCUUGUCCAUCUUUUAUGGAAGUAAUCUUUGAUAUCCUGUUGUCUGCCAUCUCGUUGUUUUGCUGGCGAUUGUUGGUGCUCCUUUGCCCCAUUAGUUUGUUUUAUCUGGUUUAAUUCUUUGAUUCUCUUACGGCAUAUUGUGGGGAUUGGCUAUUAUGAUGUCAUAUUACACAUCGCUCAACCGUUUUACGUUAUUCAACCGAUUGGACAGGAGUCGCGUAGUUAUAGCGAAGGUUGAAAAGUGUUGUUGAGCUAAAUAUUUACACGGGGGCGACCCCACGGCAUGAUAUCCAGACACACUAAAAAUCAAAUCGGAACCAAUUAAUUACCCCAGACCUAUAAAUAGUCUGUACGUAAGACGCGUAAGCAGCGUUCAGGAUAAGCCAC